ACCCCCCACGUGCCCCCCUUACCCCCCCCUCCCCAGCUCCCCGCUGUCACAGCCAAGGUGCCCUUGGCCGGAGCACGUCCCGGGAGUCUGGGGGAGGGGGAGAAGUUGGGACCGGGGUCGCCCAGCCCGGCAGGGGAGGGGGGCAGAGGCUCCGGGAGGCUCAUGAAUAUUCAUCCGUGCUGGGAGCCGGCGCGGGCCAGGUGCCACUGGCUCCCUUCCCUUCGGAGCCGCCAGGUGAGGGCCGCGGGCUCACGGCAGGCGGGGACCCAGCCGGGCAUCCCCAUUCUCCGCGGCUCCGUCCCGGCCGGGCAAGGUCACUGAGAUGCCUUCUCUGAGGAAACCCUGGCACUCCAUGGCAAAGGCGCUCAUCCUGGGAUGCCUCUUCACUGGCUUCCUCCUGCUCUUCUACGCCUAUGUGGCCCCCCUGCAAGUCAGCAUGGCUGAGCCCCCGGACGAAAGCUCCUGCUCCCCGCCGGCGCCGCCCCUCAACAGCAGCCCCGGGGGCCCGUGCCGGCCCAAGACGGACAUCGUGUUCAUGAAGACGCACAAGACGGCCAGCAGCACGCUGCUCAACAUCCUGUUCCGCUUCGGCCAGAAGCACCGGCUCAAGUUCGCCUUCCCCAGCGGCUACAACGACUUCAACUACCCGUCCUUCUUCAAGCGCAGCCUGGUGCACAACUACCAGCCCGGCGACUGCUUCAACAUCAUCUGCAACCACAUGCGCUUCCGCUACCCGGAGGUGCGCGGCCUGGUGGCGCCCGACGCCGCCUUCAUCACGGUGCUGCGCGACCCCGCGCGCCUCUUCGAGUCCUCCUUCCACUACUUCGGGACGGUGGUGCCCUUCACGUGGCGCCUCACGGGCCGCGACAAGCUGGCCAAGUUCCUGCAGGACCCCGGCCGCUACUACAACCCCCGGGGCUUCAACGCGCACUACCUGCGCAACCUGCUCUUCUUCGACCUGGGCUACGACAGCGGCCUGGACCCGCGCAGCCCGCAGGUGGCCGAGCACAUCCGCGAGGUGGAGCAGCGCUUCCACCUGGUCAUGCUGCAGGAGUACUUCGACGAGUCGCUGGUGCUGCUCAAGGAGCUGCUGUGCUGGGAGCUCGAGGACAUCGUGUACUUCAAGCUCAACGCGCGCCGCGCCUCGGCCGUGCCGCGGCUCAGCGGCGAGCUCUACCGGCGCGCCACCGCCUGGAACCAGCUGGACGCGCUGCUCUACCGCCACUUCAACGCCAGCUUCUGGCGCAAGGUGGAGGCCUUCGGGCGCGAGCGCAUGGCCCGCGAGGUGGCCUCCCUGCGGCGCGAGAACGAGCGCAUGCGCAGCAUCUGCAUCGACGGCGGCCGGGCCGUGGCCGCCGAGGCCAUCCAGGAGGCGUCCAUGCAGCCCUGGCAGCCGCUGGGCACCAAGACCAUCCUGGGCUACAACCUCAAGAAGCGCAUCAGCCGGCGGCACCAGCAGCUGUGCCGCAAGAUGCUCACCCCCGAGAUCCAGUACCUCAUCGACCUGGGCGUCAACCUCUGGGUGGUGCGGCUGCUGAAGUACGUGCGCGAGUUCCUCCGCUGGUGACGCGGCCGCCCCUCGCCGCCCCCCCCCCCCCGGGGC